GUUUGUGUACAGGACAGUGGCGGUAGGAGGUCCCGUUAACAGACAAAAUGGCUUCAAUACACAAACUAAGAAUAUUUGUUAACGAGCGACUGGCGGCGGCAGCGGAGGAGAUAUUCGGAGCGGUGGAAAGAACCCUUCUGGAGUAUCAGAAGACCGUGUGUUUGUUAAAUGUCAGCGGCGAACACCGAGGGAUGCUAACGUUAGCCGGAGGUUUGAUGCAGGAGGAGAAAGUGUCAGCAGCCUCAGAAGAGGAACUAAAGUUCUCAUCUAUCCACGACUCUUCAGGAUCAAAGUUUCCAGAACCUCAGGAUCAGCGGUCCAGCCCGGAUCAGCAGAGACUUGCAGACUCUGGUGUGAGUUUCAGACCUGAUCAGAGCAGAGACGGAGAUCUUUUUCCGAGCACCUCAGCUGAAAACUGGGUGAAAACAGGUGAGGAGGUCGAGGAGGGGGCAGAGGUUUUACAGCCCCUCUGUUUGGACAGCGAGGCUGAAAACGAUACCGGUGACACAGAUCUGGCUGAGAGCGGACCGAUUCACUCAAAGUCAAAGAAAAAGGUCACGGAAAAACAAACCAGACUCAGCCUGAGCACAAGUGAAAGGACAAACCAGGGACAUUUUGACUGUGAGCUGUGUGGACAGUAUUUUCACGGUCAGUGCUCUUUAAUGAAGCACAUGAAGUCACAUCAAAGUACAACCACUGUCUGUCCAAACUAUGACAUGAACACACAAAGACCGGCUGAAACAUUGGUCAGAUAUUCUGACGAUAAUCUGUGUUACGUCUGCGGUAAAACCUUCACCACACGGACCCACUUAAAACGGCACUUACUGGUUCACACGGGUCAGAAGCCUCACUGCUGCCAAGAGUGCGGCAAACGGUUUUCUCGGCGCGAGUGUCUGCGAGUCCACAUGAGGGUGCACUCAGUGGAGAAACCGUACACGUGCGAACUCUGCGGCAAAGGCUUCAAGCAGAGGAGCAACAUGAUGUGUCACAUGAGAACCCACACAGGAGAGAAACCCCACCCCUGCGUCAUCUGCUCCAGGACGUUCACGCAUAAGAAGGACAUGCUGAGACACAUGGAAGUUCACUCCAUGAAAAGCUGAAGUCCACGUACGCGACAGGAACAUUCGCUCACAAACACGGCAGAGACUGAAGCAGGAUGAUGUUCUCCAUGCAUUGAGGGAAAUUCAGCAGUUCCUGUGUAAGGUGACUGAUAGCAGAUAGUUUAUAAAAUACAGGGAUGCACCGAUACCAGUAUCAGGUAUCGGUCCGAUACUGAGCGUGUGUUCUAAUACUCGUACUCGUAAAAGUGCUCCGAUACAAACACACCGAUAUCACUUGAUGGCAACGUGAC